GCAGAGGUAGCAAAACAUCCGCAUUGACGCUCACCUGCCUGUCAGUGAGCUUUAUAAAAACUUUUUGUGUUUCUUUGUGACAAUAAAAGAAUCUUAACAAAGAGCAGCAGAGGUUUUGCUAUCAGCGCCACUUUUUCUAGACCAUGCCCCACGACCCCGACCCUCCUCCGGCUAAAAGAUUCAAGCCGGGGUCUGUUUUUUUCCGUCUCGAUAAGAAUAAGCCUGGUAUGCUGCUGCCCAGAAAGGGGAAUACAACCACUCCGAUAGAAGUCCAGAGGAAACAGUUGCCUAUUUACCAGGCUAAACCUCAGCUACUGAACCAACUGAGACAGCACAACAAUGCUAUUCUUAUAGGGGAGACCGGCUCUGGGAAGACCACUCAGAUCCCUCAGUAUCUGUAUGAGGCUGGUAUUGGACGGCAGGGCAUCGUCGCCAUCACUCAGCCCCGUCGAGUCGCUGCGAUUUCCUUGGCAGGAAGGGUGGCAGACGAGAAGAGGACUCAGCUAGGCAAACUGGUUGGCUACACAGUUCGCUUUGAAGAUGUUACCUCCUCAGAGACAAAGCUGAAGUUCAUGACAGAUGGCAUGCUCCUGCGUGAGGCCAUUGGAGACCCUUUACUUCUGCGGUACACUGUGGUGGUCCUGGAUGAAGCUCAUGAGCGCACCGUGCACACUGAUGUGCUGUUCGGGGUGGUUAAGACCGCUCAGCGCAAACGCAAAGAACUUAAUAAAGUUCCACUUAAGGUGAUCGUGAUGUCAGCUACCAUGGAUGUAGAUUUGUUCUCUGAGUACUUCAAUAAGUCACCUGUGCUGUACCUGGAGGGCAGACAGCAUCCCAUUCAGAUCUACUACACCAAACAGCCACAGUCAGACUACCUACAGGCUGCACUCGUCUCCGUAUUCCAGAUCCAUCAGGAGGCACCUCCGUCCCAUGAUAUCUUAGUGUUCAUGACGGGUCAGGAGGAAAUCGAGGCUCUGGCCAGGACGUGUCGAGACAUCGCCAAGCAUCUUCCUGACGGUUGUGGUCCCAUGGUGGUUAUCCCUUUGUACGCGUCGCUGCCCCCCGCACAGCAGCUCAGGGUCUUUCAGCCCGCUCCAAAGGGGUGCAGGAAGGUCAUCCUCUCCACCAACAUUGCAGAGACGUCCGUCACAAUCUCUGGGAUCAAAUACGUCAUAGACACGGGGAUGGUGAAGGCCAAACGAUUCAGUCCUGACAGCGGACUGGAGGUCCUGGCGGUGCAGAGGGUCUCUAAAGCGCAGGCGUGGCAGCGAGCAGGCCGAGCUGGCAGGGAGGACUCGGGCUCCUGCUAUCGUCUGUACACGGAGCAGGAGUUUGACAAUCUCAUCCCUAUGACUGUGCCUGAGAUCCAGAGGUGUAACUUGGCUGGUGUAAUGCUGCAGUUGAUGGCUCUGGGGAUUCCAGAUGUGAUGAAUUUCGAUUUCAUGUCAAAGCCUUCUCCAGAGGCAGUCCGCUCCGCUGUGGAGCACUUAGAGCUGCUGGGAGCCGUGGAGAGGAAGGAGAGCCAGGUCCUUCUCACUGCUCUGGGAAAGAAGAUGGCCAGUUUUCCUCUGGAACCCCGAUACGCCAAGACCAUCCUGCUGUCCCCCGACUAUUCCUGCUCAGAGGAGAUUCUGAGCAUCGUCUCACUGCUCUCAGUGGACACGGUGCUGUAUAACCCUCCUGCCCGGCGGGAUGAGGUGCUCGCUGCACGCAAGAAGUUCAGCUCGAGUGAAGGAGACCACAUGACCCUGCUCAACAUUUACAGAGCGUUCAAGAAAGUCAGCGGUAAUAAGGAGUGGUGUCGGGAGAACUUUGUCAACAGCAGGAACAUGGGGCUGGUCAAAGAGGUCCAGGCUCAGCUCAAAGAUAUCUGCCUUAAGCUGAAUUUAAAGUUGGAGUCAUGUGGGGCAGACACGGGGAAUGUCCGCCGCUGCCUUGCCCAUGGGAUGUUCGUCAACGCUGCAGAGCUACAACCUGACGGCAGCUACUUGGCUCUGGACACCCAUCAGCCUGUGACCAUCCACCCUUCCUCUGUCCUUUUCCAGGCCAAGCCUGCAUACGUGGUCUUCAAUGAGCUGCUGCACACAUCCCGCUGCUACAUGAGAGACCUGUGUUUGGUCGAUGCUGACUGGCUGCUGGAUGCAGCACCGGAAUACUUUGGACGCAAACUCCACCAAGCCAAGAGCUAACGGAGUGAGAAAAAGGACUGAGGUUGGACUCAGCUAUCUAAAUAUCACUGAAAAAUGUAUCCUGACUUUGGAUAGACUUUUACUGAUUUCCUACAAGUACAAACUAGACCAGAACUCUUUUGUGCCGUAAACUUCUCUGGAUUUCACUACCUCUCAGAUGACAUGUGUUUAGCAUGUUGUCAAUACAGCAGAAAUCUGCACAUCGAGGCCUCGCAACUUUGACUUCCUUUUCCGGUUGUAUAAACUCCUUCUUCUGCCUGUUAGGAUUUAAUCGUGCCGUUUUUACAGCCUGUUUAACACCUAAGAAAAAAAGUCUUUUUGAAAUGUCAUGCAUCAAUUCUUUCAUUUGCAUGAAUUUAACAGCACACAUAGAGUUAUAGUUUUUUCAAAUAAGUAGAGAUGCACGAUAUUGGAUUUUUGCUGAUAUCUGAUAGGCUGAUAUUUCCUGAUUUUUCCAAUGUUUGCAUAAAUAUUCCAGACGUGACGCCUAAAUCCUCUUUAAAGUCUAAGGAGUGAGGAUGAACAAAUAAAGACUUAAGCUAGUGUGGCUCUUUUAGUCCUGCCUAAAACUCUUCAAACGUAUUUGUACAUGCAAUGCCAAUUUCUGCCAGUACUUUACACCCCAUGUUUUAGUUGUAACUAUCUGCAGAAAUGUUCAUAUAUACCGACAUCAAUAAUUAACUUUUAAUACUAAUGUCUGCCGAUACAGAUAUUCUGCCAAUUAUAUCGUGCAUUCCUACAAAUAAGCAGUGUCUUGAGAAUCAAACAGAAAUGCUAGCACAUCAUUCUCCAUGUUAGGUGAAAAAAGGACUAGUUCAAUCCCAUCACAACAGAAAGCUAUGGCAGUUUUAGGCUGACUUAUUCCAUUUAACUUUGUUUCUGAACUUUAGCUGAGACAAAGCAGCCAUGUGGUGAUCCUUCCCAAUAUAAGACUAUUAGCUUUUACCAUUGACUGUAUGUUAAAUGGACAACAUGCAAAUCUGAAGCCAAAAUACCACACAAAAGGUGCUUAUAUCCUGCACAGGUCCUGUAGUUUGGUAAUCCUCUGUAUAGGAUUGAGGGCUACAUGGUGUAUGCUGCAGCGUAGAUUUGAUGCAGCAGUAUUAAUGUGGCUUUAGCCAGGAGGAGGAGCUCCAAAUACCCAUCCAUUUAUUUUCUAUACCGCUUAUCAUGUUGGGGUUGCAGGGGGGUGGAGCUUAUCCCAGCUAUCAUUGGGCGAGCUCGGCUGGACUGGUUGCCAUUUAAUCACAGGGCCGACAUAUGGAGACAGACAACCAGGCACACUCACACCUACGGUCAAUAUAGAGUGAUCAGUCAACCCUAAUGAGUAUGUCUUUAUAUUUUAUAUAAAUAUUUUGGCUUCAAUUCCAGACAGCUAUUCUCCUGUCCAUCUUAUUAUGCAGUCUGUGGUUUAUAGAAAGUGGUCCUUUAUUUAUGCAAGUACAUUGUCUUAAUUCAUCAACCAACACGAUCUGAAAAAAAGAAAACUCAAGAAUCACCAAAGGUGAAUUGAAAAUAUAUUUUUAUGUCACCGUGACAAGAUUUCACUUUGAUAAUUCCUUUCUAUGAAACAUUCAUCUUGUUAGCCUGUGCAUGCCUUUUUCACCUCUGAUUGUAACAGCAGAUCCAUGUACAUUCACAUCAGGAGAAAUAGCAUGCCUUAUUCUCCAGGUUCUGUUUUUUGAUAUGGUAUGUUACUCAGCUCCUCCACAGACUAACCAUCGAUGUAUGCUGACUGCUAAUGUAUGCAAUGCAAUGCAUGGAGAUUAGACUUAAUGUUCUGACCUCUCAGGUCUUUCACACUUUGUAGAAACAUCACCAACAUAUUAAUGAACACAAUGUAUGCUCCUCUUCUCUUUUUUACACUGGACUCAGGAUUGUACAAUAUUUACUGUAACCUGAAUAAAUUAAUUCAAAAGAUUGUUUUUAAACAUUACGAUAAGCAUCAAAUGCAUUUGCUGUCAAGGAUUGUCAUGCUUUGUCAGAAGAAGCUCUGUGUUA